GCGAGAUCCCUUUUCCAGCCAGCCCCGGCCGGGCUCCGAAGGGGCUCACACCAUGGACGGGCUCCGGGCUAGCGCCGGGCUGUUGAGGCGCGGGCGGUUGAGACGCCGGCGCCAGCCGCAGCCACAUAGCGGGUCGGUCCUGGCCCUGCCCUUGAGGCCCAGGAAGAUCCGAAGGCAGCUGAGGAGAAGCGUAGCGUCCCGCAUGGCCGCACUGAGGGCCCAGACACUGCCAAGCGAGGACUCGGAGGACUCGAGGGUGGAGUCGACAGUCGACGAUCCUGGAGACCCGCUGGCUGGUGGGGCAGCGACCAUCUCGGAUGCGGCCCGGCGAGAGCCGUACGGCCACCUGGGGCCUGCAGAGCUGCUGGAGGCCUCGCCCGCGGCCCGCUCCAUGCAGACCCCCCGCGCGCUAGUGGAGACGCAGACCCCGCCGGGGCGCCUGGUGGAAGCGCAGACCCCGCCGGCCCGCCUGGUGGAGGCCCCGGCCCUGCCCGCGCGCCUAGUGCCGGCUUCCGCGCCGCCCGCGCGCCUGGUGGAGGUGCCUGCCGCGCCGGCCCGCGUGGUGGAAACCUCGGCCCUGCUGUGCCCUGCCCAGCACUUGGCCGCACCGCCGUCUGUGACCCCCGCGACGCUGUCGGGGCCGCAGGUGGAUAGCGCGGGCGGGGAGUUGGCCUGGGACUCGCCGCUGCAGCGCGUCCUAGCUGAGCUGAACCGCAUCCCCAGCAGCCGGCGGCGGGCGGCGCGCCUGUUCGAGUGGCUCAUCUCGCCCAUGCCGCCGGACCAUUUCUACCGGCGCCUGUGGGAGCGGGAGGCGGUGCUGGUGCGGCGGCAGGACCACGCCUACUAUCAGGGGCUCUUCUCCACCGCAGACCUGGACUCCAUGCUGCACCACGAGGAGGUGCAGUUCGGGCAGCAUCUGGACGCUGCUCGCUACGUCAACGGGCGGCGCGAGACCCUGAACCCCCCCGGCCGCGCGCUGCCUGCCGCCGCCUGGGCCCUGUACCAGGCCGGCUGCUCCCUGCGCCUCCUCUGCCCGCAGGCUUUCUCGACCACGGUGUGGCAGUUUCUGGCUGUGCUCCAGGAGCAGUUUGGAAGCAUGGCAGGCUCCAACGUUUACCUCACGCCCCCCAACUCGCAGGGCUUUGCCCCCCACUACGACGACAUCGAGGCUUUUGUGCUGCAGCUGGAAGGUAGGAAACUUUGGCGUGUGUACCGGCCCCGGGUCCCGACCGAGGAGCUAGCCCUGACGUCCAGUCCCAACUUCAGCCAGGACGACCUCGGUGAGCCAGUGCUGCAGACUGUGUUGGAACCUGGAGAUUUGCUCUACUUUCCUCGGGGCUUCAUUCACCAAGCCGAAUGCCAGGAUGGAGUGCACUCUCUGCACCUCACCUUGUCCACGUACCAGCGCAAUACCUGGGGCGACUUCCUAGAGGCCGUACUGCCCCUGGCAGUGCAGGCUGCGAUGGAAGAAAAUGUGGAGUUCCGAAGGGGUCUUCCCCGAGACUUCAUGGAUUACAUGGGGGCCCAGCACUCGGAUUCCAAGGAUCCACGAAGAACCGCUUUUAUGGAGAAGUUGGAAGAAUCUUCCCCAAACCUGACAAGUGAAUAUUUUCAUGGUUGGUGGAAAAGAGCCUGGUGUACAAGAGAGAGCACUGGACUUGGAACCAGAAGACCUGGGUUUGGGGUGGUGGCUGGUAGGCAGCUGGCUGAAUGAUCUGAGGCUGCCGCUACGCCUGGGCACACAGAUUUUGUAAGUAUAUUUUGGUACAGCUUGAUGUCUGUGCUUCAUUUAGGUUGUGUCUGGAACUUUUGGAGCCUAUCACCAUAACUGAUAGGUGCAGUUAGAUAAGGUUGAGAACUUUCUGAGGUCUUUUUUUUUUUUUUUAAGUUGGGAAAGCAUGGAUGUACAUAAAAUAAAAAUGAUAGCUCUCUCUCCAGUUCUACUCUCCAGAGGUAACUACUAUUAAAAUUUAAACUUACAAGACUUUAUUUGGCUGCUUAAUCAAACAUAUAGUAGGUUUUUUUGGUCGGUUUUAUACUCUUGUUUUUUUUAAUCUGUCAGUGUUGGACCUAACUUUCAAAUCAGUUCAGUUAGAACUACCUCUUUUUUUUUUUUUUUUUUAAGUGACAAAAUAGCAAAUAAAUAAAAGCCAGGAGACAGGCAGGAAAAAAGAAAAAAGGACUAAAAGGAUGGCAGCCAAGAAGGAAAGGUAGUAGCCUUAUCCUGACUCAUCCUACUGGCCUGAAACUAAACUCCCCAAACAUCCAGAUCCCAGAAAAGGCUUGCUAAAGGAGUCACGUGAUAGUACUCACCGCUAUGGAACCUACCCUGAAAAGUUUCUUGUAGAAAAGUAUGGAGUUUCAGUGGUUUUUGCCCCUCCUUGGGUUGCCAAUAAACACGUUUUGCUUCCUCCUUCAUUUUUCCUAUGACCCUCUCCAUCUUGAAUAUUUUCUGUAUCAGCAAGUCCUUUUGACUUAGUGUUUGAAUCUAGAUCAGAAGAAAUGAUGUUGGAAAAAAACAAUUGUAUUAGGCUGCAAAUCAUCAAAAAGCAUUAAUAAAGUAACUUCUUGUAUUGUGCCUAUUGGUGUUAGGUGGUACAGUGCCUCAGACAGCAUUCUCUUCUGAUGUUGGUUUUACACUUGUUAAUGAAAAAUUUACUUUAGCUUUUUGAGCAUGAUGAAAGGAACCUAAGAAAUGCUUGGUGUGAAGCUGGUUUUGUGAAUUAUAUGAAGAAAGAUGAUUACA